AUGUCCGACGCGACCUCCGCUCCUUCCUCCCUCCCGCCGCCGCCUACCACCGGCCUUGCGCCCGGUCAGACGGGCUACCAAAAUGGCUCUGGAAGCCACAUGCCGCCUCCUCCCGUCCCACCGCUGAACAUCCCUCAGAACAACAACCCGGCCCCGACUGCUGUGAACACCAGCAACCCGGGCGCAGGCAUCGCCUCCCCCACCAGCGCUGGAGGUUUCGUGAGGAGAGCGGCCCCAGAGCCGAACAAGAGAGCGCUCUACGUUGGUGGACUGGACCCACGUGUGACCGAGGAUGUGCUCAAGCAGAUUUUCGAGACCACCGGCCACGUGCAGAACGUGAAGAUUAUUCCGGACAAAAAUGUGAGUACAUAUGCACAUGCGGAAAGACGCAAUGGCGCGCAACAGGUGGUGCCUACACCCGACUACAAUGGUCUCGUGAUUGCACGGUAGCCUGCUGGUUUGCUGCGCCUACUCGCUCCUCGACUUCUCCACAAACCCAUCAUCACCACCAAGCAAACAUCUGCUGACCUUCACAGUUCCAGUCAAAGGGCUACAACUACGGAUUCGUGGAGUACGACGACCCAGGUGCGGCGGAGAGAGCCAUGCAGACCCUCAACGGACGACGAGUCCACCAACAGGAAAUUCGCGUCAACUGGGCCUAUCAGUCCAACACCACCAACAAGGAAGACACGUCCAACCACUUCCACAUUUUCGUCGGUGACCUUUCCAACGAAGUUAAUGAUGAGGUCCUUCUCCAAGCAUUUUCGGCGUUUGGCAGCGUGUCGGAGGCUCGUGUGAUGUGGGAUAUGAAGACGGGACGCUCACGUGGAUACGGCUUUGCUGCGUUCAGAGACCGCGGAGAGGCUGAGAAGGCACUCAGCUCCAUGGACGGGGAAUGGCUUGGAUCGCGUGCUAUCCGCUGUAAUUGGGCCAACCAGAAGGGACAACCCUCCUUCUCCCAGCAGCAGGCAAUGGCGCAGAUGGGCAUGACUCCGACCACUCCCUACGGCCACCACAUGUUCCCCACCCAGGGAGCUCAGUCGUACGAUAUGGUCGUACAGCAGACACCUCAGUGGCAGACGACCUGCUACGUCGGCAACUUGACUCCCUACACCACGCAGAAUGACCUCGUCCCUCUCUUCCAGAACUUUGGCUACGUCACGGAGACUCGAUUCCAGUCCGAUCGUGGGUUCGCAUUCAUCAAGAUGGACACGCACGAGAAUGCGGCCAAUGCCAUCUGCCAGCUCAACGGCUACAACGUCAACGGCAGACCUCUCAAGUGCAGCGUAAGUGCGCCUUCCAUAUGCGGAAGUGAAAACUUACUGACACAUUUCUAGUGGGGCAAGGACCGUCCACCAACUGGUCAGUUCGACGGCUACAACCCAGCUCAGACUCCGCAGUCUGCCUUCCCGCCAGCAACUCCUCAGGCCUUCUUUCCUCAAUAUGGUCAGCCGGGCGCUGCCAUGUCUCCUCAAUCCGCGACUCCUGGCCAGUUCCAGCAUCCUUCUCCAGGUAGCUGGCAGAGCCCCAUGACUCCACAGGGCAUUCAUCCAGCUCCAGGUGGCUGGCAAGCGCAGGGCAUGCAGCCACCGAGCGCCGGGGGCUAUGCAACUCAGGCUCCGGCCGGCUUCAUGCCUCAGCCAGGUGCUCCGCAGCCCGCUCCAUUCGGUCGAGGCUACGGUGGCUACCAGGGCUAA